ACUCUCCCACUGACUAGGUUGUUGCCUCUGCUUCUGAUAAACAAUACUACACGAUGAGCAACAAGACAGUUAUCGUCACUGGGGCCACAGGACUCCUCGGCAGAGAAGUCGUGAGAGCCUUCGACCGAGGCGGCUGGACCACCAGAGGUACAGGCCUUUCGCGUGCCGAUGGUGUUUCCAUACUCAGGGUCGACCUGAACAAGCUCGGCGAAGUCGAGUCAGCUCUCGAUCGUGUCAAACCUCAGGUCGUUGUUCACUGUGCCGCAAGCCGAUUUCCGGACAAAGUGGACAAGGAUCCCGAGGGAGCACGUGCACUCAAUAUCCUUGCCUCGAAGUCGCUGGCAAAGCUAUGUGCCGGGCGGUCCAUCCUGCUCAUCUAUAUUUCGACUGAUUACGUCUUUUCCGGCAAGGAAGGUGAGGCUCCAUACGAUGCAGACGCUGCGACAGGCCCGCCCAACUUGUACGGUCAGACGAAGCUGGAUGGUGAGCACGCAAUCUUGGAGGAGUACAAGGUCGCCAACAAGGAGGGGCUAGGCGUUGUCCUGCGAGUGCCAGUCCUCUAUGGACAUGCUGAGACCCCCGAAGAGAGCGCCGUGAACGUUUUGAUGGACACGGUGUGGAAGGCGCAGAAUGAGGGAGCCAAGAUUAAGAUGGACCACUGGUCGCUCCGCUUUCCGACUAACACUGAAGAUGUUGGUCGCGUCUGCCACGAUGUAGCCGUCCACUACCUGGGAACCAAGGACCGCCAGGCGCUGCCCCGGAUACUUCAGUUCUCAAGCGAAGACAGGUUUACAAAGUACGAGAUUUGCCAACUAUUCGGCGAGAUCAUGGGUCUCCCGAUAGAUCGUAUAGACCCCAGCGUGGAGGGCAACGACCCAAAGGCCAGCGUCCAGCGGCCGUACGACUGCCACCUCAAGACAAGUGGUCUGAAGGCUCUUGGCAUCAAUAUUUCCACUCAGGAUUUCAAAUCUUGGUGGAGACGAGAAGUCAGAGCCUUCCGAAUGUGACACCGGGGUCCAGGAUCCGUCGCGGAUGUCUCCAAAAUGAGGGAGAGCUGGAGCCGCGGGACCAUUGCUGAUCGAUUCCAGUCGGGUUGGUUCGUGACCAGAAAUGGAUUCUCGUGACGCAUCGUGACGCGGGAUUGAUUGAUUGGGUUGAGCUGUUCGCUGAUCCUGCAGUGUCUCAGCAAUAUCCAGCCAUCAGGAAUAACAUGCCUACUAUGUAUGGAGUCUGAGUAACACACCCUCCUCCCUUGAUUUAGAUAACUCCAAAUUGGAUUAGAUGUGAUUCCAC